AUGGCACCAAAACGCAAUGCCCGCGAUUCAACGCCUUCCUCAACAGCCACCAUCACGACCACAGCAACACCCGUCCCAGUCCCAACCCCCAGCAAAUCAUCCCUCAAAAACAACCAUCAAUCCAUGCAAGAAAUCGCCGUGGGGAUAUGGCAGAACUACCUCGACAAGACGCCACAGCGGACGAAGCUGAUUGAUACAUUCAUGGCGUUCCUGGUCGUGGUGGGCGUGCUGCAGUUCGUAUACUGUGUGAUUGCUGGCAACUACCCGUUCAAUGCGUUUCUUUCUGGGUUCUCGGCUGCGGUUGGACAGUUCGUUUUGACUGCUUCGUUGCGGAUACAGACGAAUGUGGAGAAUAAGGCCGAGUUUAAGGAGGUUUCUCAUGAGAGGGCGUUUGCGGACUACGUGUUUGGGAGCUUGAUCUUGCAUUUCUUCUGCGUGAACUUCAUCAAUUAG